GCAGUAAUCAAUAACAAUGUCAAUCUGAGAAUAACAAGGUAGAACAAAAACACACAGUAAAUACAAAAUACGAAGAACAUGAUAAAGUAAGUAAACAUACUAUAUACAGGGUCAGUUCCAGUACCAUAUUAUAAUGUACAGGGAUACUGGAUCUAUAGAGGUAGAUAUGUAUAGGGGUAAACAUACUAUAUACAGGGUCAGUACCAUAUUAUAAUGUACAGGGAUACUGGAUCUAUAGAGGUAGAUAUGUAGAGGGGUAAUGUGACUAGGUGUCAGGAUAUAUGACCAACAGAACAGCAACAGUGUAUAUGAUGAUGAUUUUAUAUGAGUCGGUGUGCGUGUGUGUAGAGUCAGUAUAAAUGUAUGUUGUGUGUGAUCAAAUUAUGGAGUGAGUGUUUGCCCACACUGCAUAGCCGCAUCCCACAUGGGAACUCCGGUCAAAAGUAGUGGAGCAAUAAGCACAUGGGCUUUUCAGAGCUCUGCAGCUUGAUUGGAUAUGUUUUGUUGUUCUGCACGUUUUUGAGAGAGAGAACCACACACACACACAGCAUAUGAGAGAGCGAGAAAGAUAAAUACAAAUACGAGGUGUAAAGAAGGGAGAGAAUCAGGAGAUAGGAGAGGAACAGAAGGAGCGUGCCGUUGAGCUUUGUUGCUAUAGACACACGAGGACGAUUACUAGAAGAGAAUCUGACAGUAUUUCCGGGUCAAGGAGCAGUGCAGCACUGGUGUACACACGUUUCUACGUGAGUCUUAAAAACGGCUUUUCAUGACGAAGUGGUUUUCGUGUCCGAGAAGACAGGAAGAUACAACACCGUGGAAAAGGUCUUUAUUGAUCAGGCUCAACGUCUGGCCCUACAGAGGGAGAUAGACAAGGAGUCCCAGUCCACGGUUUCAGUCAGAUCGCUGAUGGUCCAAGCCGACACAGGCAACAGGAACGUUACCAUGAAGAAGACGAACAAGAAGAGUGGGAAGGACACCCAUGCUGAGGAUGAGAUCUCAGAAAACACUUCCAUAAACCAGGGGAAUAGCGAAGGAGUGAAGAAGAAGAAGACGAAAGUAAAGACUCUGGUAGAAGAGCAGAUUUCAUCCAAUGGGGAAUGGGGGAAUACGGAAGGAGAGCAGGAGAAACAGAAAGGAAAGAAGAAGAAGUUGUCGUCUGAGACUGACACCAACGGUGAGGAAGUCAUGACUAAUGGAAAUGACGGAGGAGGGUGCGGCCAGGAGAAGAAGAAGCAGAAAGGUGUUAACACUGUUAAAACGGAGCUACAGACAGAACACAGUGGAUUAAAGGAUGAGAAAGGAGUAGUGGAAAAUGGGCAGAAGCUGAAAAAAAAGAAGCUCUCUCAGGCAGAAGAGACAGAGAUCGGUGUUGUCAAGGUAGAGGAAGGAGAGGUGAUAGAAAUAAAGAAAGGCAAGAAAAAGAAGGGAAAAACAGAGGAAGAAAAGAAAGUGAAAAAGAUCCCUAAAGCUGCUGAACCAACAGAGAGUCAGGAGGAGGAAGAGGGGGAGAUGAAGAAGAAAAAGAAGGGUAAGAAGAGAGCAGUCGCUGAGAAAGGAGAGACUAAAGAGAGAGAGUGUGGAGAGGCAGAGAAAGAAGUGGUAGUAAAGAAGAAGAAGAAGGGAGCUGAGGCUACAGUAGUAGUACAGCAGGAGGAACAGAAUAACACCAAAAAGAAGAAGAAUAAACCCAAGUCCUCCAGCAGCGCUGCAGACACCACCAUGGAGACGGAGAGAAAGGAGGAGGGCAAGAAGAAGAAGAGAAAGGCCUCUGCACUAACAGAGGAGGAGGAUGUGUUGGUGGUGGACAAACGGAAGCCCAAACAUAUGAAAAGGGUGGACAUGACAGGAGUAGUGGAACAGGUGGAGGUCGGAGAGAGCGAGGGAAGGAAAAAGAAGGUGAAGAAGAGCUCUGAGGUAGAGACAGAAAUGGAGGACAGCACCCCUCACCAGAAAGGGAAGAAGGUUAUGACAAAGGGGAAAAAGAAGAUAAAGGUGGAGAGCUGCGACCCUGAAUACCAGGAGAGGGACCAGACGGAUGUGGUUUUCCUGUCAGAGACCAGGGGAAACGCCUUCGAGAUCAAUAUUGAUCAGGGGAGACGCCUGGCCCUGCAGAAUGAGAUCGACCAGAAGUCCAAUCCAGUCCAACUCAAAGCAGCACCGGUACCAUCGGGUUUGGGCCAGUGGGGCACUGCCCAGUUUGACAGUUCCGACCAACAUAGUAAGUUCCUGCGGUUGAUGGGCGGCUUAAAGAAGAGCUGGCAGCCAAUAGCAGCGAGCGGUGCGACGGGAGGGCGGGCCAACAUGGCGCUGACUAAAGACGGACAGCAGAGUUUGCAGCAAGGCCUACUGGGGGAGUUUGAGCGUGCUCAGUCGCGCCGCAUGGACUUCACGGGAAGGGGGGCGGGACUUGGGUUCUCGGCGCCGUCCAAUAAGAAGUUCUCAAUUGACAUCAACACAACCCGAUCGGUGCGCUUCGAUGACUGAGUCGGGACGGACCCUUGAGUGCGUGUCUAGCAUCCAAAAUGGAUUUGGAUGAGUGUGUGUGUACCUUUUCUCUUGCAGGGUCUUGGGAGUGUCUGUCGGUGAAUGUGGUGUGUAUGAAUGUAUAUACGGUACCAGUCAGAAGUUUGGACACACUUACUCAUCACAGGGUUUUUCUUUAUUUUGACUAUUUUCUACAUUGUAGAAUAAUAGUGAAUACAUCAAAACUAUGAAAUAACACAUAUGGAAUCAUGUAGUAACCAAAAAAUCUAAAUAUAUUUUAUAUUUGAGAUUCAAAGUAGACACCCUUUGCCUUGAUGACAACUUUGCACACUCUUGGCAAAUAUUUUAAUUUGAUAUUUAGACUUUUUUUGGUUACUACAUGAUUUCAUAUGUGUUAUUUCAUAGUUUUGAUGUCUUCGCUAUCAUUCUACAAUGUAGGAAACAGUCAAAAUAAAGAAAAAUCCUGAAAUGAGGUGUGUCCAAACUUUUGACUGGUAACAAAAAUAUAAAUGCAACAAUUUUGAUGAUUUUAACAAGUUACAGUUAUAAAGAAAUCAAAAAUAAAUCCAUUAGGCCUUAA